AUGGAUAUCAAGCAGAUUGUAAAUGCCAAAGGCCCCAAGGCCGCCGCCGCCGCCGCGGCAGCAAAUGGCGUCCCACAAGAUCUUCAUCUCCUUCAAUCAAUCUCGCAAGCCAACAGCAUGCACAUGUCUGACACUGGAUCGGAACGAGGGAACUCGCCCCAUGAUUCGGAGCAUUCACGGUACUCUGGCUCUGCUCCGAGAUACGGACAGAUGAACGGCAUGAAUGGAGCUCCAAAUAUGCGUUACCCAUCUCCGACCGCUAUGCAAGCCCCGCUCCCUAUGUUGCAACAAUCUUAUCCAUCCGAUCCGAGAUUCGAUAAUGGUAUGAUGCAACAAGAAAGCAUCCGAAGUCCUGCGCAGUCUGGAAACGGCAUUGCGCAGAAGGCUUUCUCGUGUAGCUCGUGUGGAAAAGGCUUUGCGCGAAGAAGUGAUCUCGCCCGCCAUGAACGUAUCCAUAGUGGUAUCCGGCCCCACGUUUGCGAGCAUCCAGGUUGCGGAAAGCAAUUCAUUCAACGUUCGGCAUUGACUGUACACAUGCGAGUCCACACCGGCGAGAAGCCUCAUAUACAUCGUCGUAUUCAUUCUGGCAAGAGGCCAUACAAAUGCCCCUACGCCGACUGUCAGAAGACCUUCACCCGCCGAACCACUUUGACUCGCCAUCAGAACCACCACACUGGAACCGUCGAAGAAGCUGCCGCUGCCACUGCCGCCGCUCUCGCCACCCGUACCGGAAGUCAACGAGGCGGACGUCAACGAUCAGAUGGAGAGCAGUAUUCGAACAAUGGAUCUCCAAUGUCGACCCCAUCUCCUGGCCAAAGAACCCUUUCUGCUUCGCCCAACUCGGAACUUGCACCUCUCAGCAGCAUGCACCGCCAUCCAGUAGAAUACCAAUACAUCGGCAACCAGCACCUGCCCAAUCACGUCAGAGGAGAAUACCACAUGCAAGGCCAACCACCUACCACUGCCUCGUACAACAACGGUAUGAGACCCACCUCUCACCCUACUGGAUACGGACCUCCUUCAAUCUUGGAGCCCCCUACCCACCCCGAGCGUAGUGUGACUGGUAGCCCUCACAUGAGUAACUCUGGAUGGGCAUCGCCAUCGCAAUCGCAAAAUGGUAUGCCGUCGCCUUCGGCAAGUAACGGCUACGUUUAUCCAGACCCAGAUCCUUAUGGAUCUCAAAUGGGCCAACAAAUGUAUUACCAAAACUCUAACAUCCGACGACUACAAAGCCCCGAGGGUGAAUACGAUGUCAAGCCACGUCUAAAUCAAGAGAUGUGGACCGCUGCUCAAUAA